GAUGGAUCUCAGACGGUGGUCUUUCCCCACAGCAGCUGCACCAAGCUUUAGUGUGUCCUUCAGCAUGUAGUCCUGGACCUUGAAAUGUACAAAUCUGUAGCACCCAGUCUUUGUUCUGGAAGACCAACAGUUUUGGGCAGACCAAAGAGCAUCUUUCACUGAUAUGAUGUUCUUCCAAUCACAGCCGAUGUUUGUCUCGGUGUGUGUCUCUGAGAACAGACCAUCGAGCACAGAGUCCUGCAUCAUGGAGCUGCUCAGGAUGAACCAUGACUAAAAGCACUGCAUCUUUCUCCAGACUUCGAUCUCAGAACUGUAGGCUAUCUUGUCGAUAGUAUUCUGAUAGGUGAUCCUUGCCUGAAGCACCUCCUAUACUGUACUCCCUUUAUUUAGUGAGACUCUUUAUAGUUAGCCAAUAUUACCAGCAUUUGCUGUCUUAAGACAAAAUGGUGUUUAAUGGCUAAAGCUUUUAAAAAGGUAAAAAAAAGUUUGAUUUUUGCUUCACUUGAACAUAUGAUAUAAGGAAAGAACACACUGAGUUUAGUUUUUGAUUAGCAGAUCGUACAGACAUUAUAGUUGACUUGUCUCCCUCUGUCUAGUGUAUAUAUAUGAUUCCAAAAAGAAAUACUUUGAAAAGAGCAUUGCUACACACAUUAGAAAAGAUAUUGUUUUAUGUUUCAGCAAUACAGCCCACUGCAGAUUUAAAGAUAUAAGAAAAAUCUACAAAGAGUAAAACAAUGGCAACUGAAAUCAUUGUACAGCAUCAACAAUUAGAAUCCAAUGCUGACGAGAACAUCAGUAAAUCCUCAAAUAAUUAUGAUGUAUCUGUGCAAAAUACAGCGCCCAACAUGGAUGCACUACGAAUCUUGGAACCAGUUAGAAAAAAACUUGCGUCAAUUGAAGCAGAGCGGAUUAUUUCUGUAAUUGAAAAGACUACUGAUAAAAUACAAAUAGUUACUUUAAUUCCCUACAUAAUAGCCAAUCAUAACAGGUUCAGUGUUGCUCUGGGUUUAGAGCUGGUGUGUGCUCUAAGAGAACAUGACAGACUAGAGAAACAUCUGGAUUUUGCUUUUGGCAAGCUGUUCAAUGUAGGGUAUCCCAAACAAGCAAAUGAGAAUUCAAUAGACAAAGUAAAAAUGAAAAAGAAAGAGGAAGAUAUUCAAAUCCUUCAAAAGGCCUUUGCAACUUCAGUUAAAAACAUCCUUCGGCUCUUUAAGAGGAAUCCCUCAGCCUGUCAGAUAAUCCAAUCAGAAUGUCAUGCUCGAAGUCGCAUCUGUGUAGACCUCACCCUGGUGCUAAUGGAACUAAGAGACUUUGUGUUUGAGAGACUUCUGAUAACUCCCAGUGAAGAUAAAGAAAAGUUUGAAUAUGUGCAAAAAAUCAUUAAACGAGAUAAGCAAAACACAGAAAUUAUAGCCACUUUGGAGGUUGAACUGACAGCAGCUAUCCAAAACAAAGAAAAUGAGAUGUUGAAGAAAAAUGAGAUAAUUCGCAAACUCAAAAACAACUUACUUCAACUUGACUUGUUCUCGCAAGAUUACAUUCGUCAAGUUAAACAAGAUGCAGAGAAACAACAAUUAAAUGAUCAGAAAGAUUCAGAAGGGAAAAUUGCCAAAUACCAUGAAGAAAUAGGUCAGCUUCGAACACAGUUGAACAACAUGAUAACAGAACACAGAGCAUCUGAAGUAGCUUUAAGAAAGCGAAAAUACAAAAUUGAAACAGAGAUUGAAAACUGGAUCCAGAAGUAUGAUGCUGAUCUACAAGAAAAACAGGAUGAAUAUGAACAGCUCCUUAAAAUACACAAAGAUGAACUGAUCCUGCUACGUGAGUUAGAACAGAAGAUUGGCAUGCUUGAACCAGAAUAUACUCAGAUUGUGGAAGAAAGAAAAAUCAAGGAAGAGAAGAAAAAGGCCAAAGAACAUCAAGCAUUCCUAAUGGGAAAAGCAGCUAUCACAAUCCAGUCUUUCUGGAAAGGUUACAAAGUCCGCCAAUUAAUGAAAGCAUUGAAGAAAAAGAAAAAAGGAAAAGGCAAAAAGAAAAAAUGAAGAUAGUGAGGAGAUUCAAGAGUAGAUUGAGAGAAAGAUACAAGAAAAAUAAAAGUGCAUAUCCUCCCUAUAUUUUUGUAUGCUAUUGAAAUAUCUUAUUUCUAUUACUGCAACCUGUAGCCUCCAAAAUGAAUUAUUCAAUUCUUCUUGUGUGUGUAGCAGCAAAUCUGAUACCUACCUUAGUCAUUGAUUAAAUUGUGUACCUUUCUUUCAAAUUUUUUACUUUCCAUUAUUUACUAGCACAUUGGAGAAAAUACAUUCUCCUUAACUACCACCUCAAGAGCAGUAAAAGAUUGGCAAUAAAUGCUGGAACAGCCAGCAAAGCUCACAUCCCAUGAAUGAAUUUAAAAAAUAAAAUUGUGGC